AUGGAGUCGUUGGGAAGAAGAAACCAUGAAGGUCGUCGAUUUGUUGAUGUUGUUAGCUUGAAGCAGAUUAUUUCGAUGAGGGAUGAGCAAGGCGUUAGUGAAGAUAUGAUUGAGAAGCAGUUUGGCUUGAAGAAGGGGGUUUUGGGGGCGUUAGGCCCAAAGGGAGUGGUCGCAGAUGUUCGAUGA